AUGAAGUUCUCCACUGUCUUUGCUGCCGCCAUGGCUCUGAUGAUGCCCGCCGCCGUCUCUGGUCAGGCCAUCGGAGACUCGGUCACCACCAGCGUCCUGGUCGUCGAGUACGUUCCAGCCGUCUCGACGUCGACUGUGUACCAGACCACUCAGUUCACCGUCUGGAGCUGCCCACCUGAUGUCACCAAUUGUCCACUCCGUUCUGCAACAUCUCUCGCCAUGGUCACUGCCAUCGUCGGCAUGUCGACCACCAUCUGCCCGGUCACUUUUGUCAGCACCCGUGUCAGUUCGUACACUACACCCGCUUCGACCAGCUUCGCAUCCUCGCCUGGUGCCACUGUCAGCUCGGCCUCUGUCAUCUCGACUACCUACUCGACUGGCAGCUCUACCAUCACCAUCGGCUCGUCCACCACCAGCUGGAGCUUCUGGUCAACCAUCAGCUACAGUGCCACUUCGACUCCAUCCGUCGUCACCAGCCAAGCCACUCUCUACUCUGGCGGCCCUUCUCUCCCAACUGGUGUGACCGUCAGCUCGACCUCAUCUGGCAUCUCGGCUGCUGCUGCCUCAUCAUCGGGCUCUGCUGGCACCGGCCUGGCAUCGGCCUCUACAUCAUCAGGCUCUGGUCUGGCAUCGGUCUCUGGCUCUGGCGUCUCAUCGGCAUCGUCCAUCUCGUCGGCCUCAGCAUCCGUCUUUAACCCAGCAGGAGCAUUGUCAUCGUCGGCAGCCAGCAACGCAGCUUCUGCCAGCGCCAUCGUCUCCACCAGCGUUGCUGCCAACGGAAGCUCUUACACCAUCUCGUACUCGCCACUAGGCACCGGCAGCCUCACCUCUGUCAUCAGCGGUCCAGGAUCCACCAACAACAUCUCUGUUCCAUCGGGUCCAACUGGCUCAGGCCCAUUGCCCACCUACACUGGAAUGGCAGGUCGUGAGACUGUCAUGACUGCCUUGUCUGCUCUUGCCUUCGGCAUGGCCGCAGCUCUGGUCCUGGCUUGA